AUGAACGAAAAGAUGGGCACUGGUGAUCCGGAAGUUCUGUCUUUGGCAUCAACUACUUCAGACCACUAUGAACCUUACAUGUGUAUGAACGAAAAGAUAUGCACCGGUGAUCCGGAAGUUCUGUCUUUGGAAUCAACUACUUCGGACCAUUAUGAACCUUACAUGUAUGCCCUUACUCAAGUAACCUUUCCUUCGAAAUCGCACCAUGGUUCGGACUUAUCGAGGAUUAUUUCCGGUAUAAGAGAAGAUCAAGAGUUACUGGCUGACUAUUUACCAACAGUAGAUGCUGAAUAUAGGCUUGCUAAGAGACUUACACAUAACGAAGAGCCGAAAACGGUUAGAUCGUUGAAAUCAAAUGAUUCAGAGCGAAAAUCUGGUGGAGAACCGGAUUUGGAACAGCACCAGGAAGGUUGCGACGAAGAUGACGAUGGACAGAGAAAAGAUGAAGGCUUUGCUUGGGUGGUAGCAAUUUGUACUAUGCUUGCAGUGUUCAGUACUUGGGGUGCUAGUGCAGGUUACGGUGUUUUCCUCUCAUAUUACGUUUCGUCAGACGCUUUUUCUGGUGCAAGCCAAUACGAUUACGCAUUGAUAGGUGGAAUGAAUGUCUGCUUUGCUCAAUUGUUAGCACCAGUCUGCGUCUUAUCUUAUAGAGUAUUUGGACCAUAUUACACAUCAUAUUUUGGAAUUGCAUUGCAAACUUUGGGCUACAUACUAGCCUCGUUUGCUACCAAGAGAUGGCAAUUGUAUUGCACACAAGGUUUCAUUGUGGGAAUAUCGUUUCUGUUCGUUUACUUGCCUGGAACAUUGAUGUUACCUACUUGGUUUGAUAAGCGCAGGGCCACAGCUAUGGGAAUAGCAUUUUCGGGAUCUGGUCUCGGUGGUGUAUUUUUUUCCUUGGUAAUUCGUCAACUCAUAAGUGUUACAGGAGAUCAAAGAUGGGCGUUACGAAUGUGUGCAUUUGUUACAGGAUUUGUAGCUAUCAUCGCAUGUAGUAUGAUGAAACCGAGAAAUUAUAAACCAUUACCUUUGAAGACUACAUUGACUAGAGCGUUCAUAUACAGCAACGUAAGAACCAUUUUCUCCACAAAUGUGUUUAAAGAUUAUGCACUUCUCCUUUUGGGACUCUGGUAUGGCUUAACCUGUUUGGCUUAUAUAUUGGUGCUUUUUUCUGUUUCGUCAUAUGCUAUCCUGGUUGGUUUAACUGCAUUUCAAGGAUCUAUAAUAACUGCCGUGUUAAAUGCUUCUCAAACCAUUGGAAGGCCAGCUAGUGGAUUUCUAGCAGACAAGUUCGGCAGGUUCAAUUUUACAAUUGCUUCUAGCGUUUAUCUUUGUCUUUUGGUGCUCGCAUUUUGGAUUAAUGCUACAUCCUUUGGGUCAUUGAUGGGUUUCAGUAUACUAAUUGGCUUCAGCAUCGGUAUAGGGAAUGUGUUUUGCCAAUCAUUGGCAUCUGAUAUCUUGAAUGAUAUGGACAGCUUACCAGCGGCAUGGUCAGGGUUGAACAUUAUUGUCCUGUUCUUUUGCAUAGGAGCAGAAGUGGCUGCCUUGGCAUUGAAAAAAGAUGGAGCUUCUAAUGAGUAUUUAAAUACACAAAUAUUCGGCGGUGUUUGCUUCUUCGCUUCCGCCAUGUUGUUAUGUAUCAUGCGAGAAAAUGUUGUGAAGAAAAGGUUAAUGGAAAGUCUAGAAAGAGAAAGGAAACUUUACGAGGAAAGGUCUAACUUCAAUGGCUAUUUAAGGGACAAUGCUGCUGUUAAAGGAGAAGAAAUAAAAGCAAUUGAGACAAGGAUUGACAGGUAUAAAAUUCUUGUCCAGACUAGCUCUCUAAAAAUUUACUUCAUCAGAUUGUUCUAUCCAAUUAAAGUAUAA